AUGUCAUUCUUCGGUCCCUAUCUUGAACCUACCCCUAAAGGCCUUUCGGUAUGGAAUUGGAUGUUUGAGGGAAACCUGGCACUGGGCUUGCCCCCAGCAGCUGGGUCCGAGCCAGCCAGUGCCCGUGGAUUCCGCGACAGUACGACGGGGGCAUUUCUUUCUUACAAGGAUUUGAAGAGUAUUGCUACUAGCACCUCUACACUUCUUUCCAGAGACUAUGACCUCAAACCAGGGCAGACAGUCGCCAUAGUCAGCAGAAAUCUGUUUUGGUAUCCAGCCGCAAUGCUGUCUGCCAGCCGCCUCGGUGCGGUCGUCACAACACUGCCUGCCGAGGCUAUGAAGGAUGACCUUGUUCAUUUCUUCCGCAAUUCACACGCAGUUCUAAUAUUCUCUGAUGACACGGCGCUGGAUCAGGUCAAGGCAGCUUGCCAAGUAGUUGGUCUGUCGACGAACAAAGUCAUUCGCCUGGAAGGAUUGAGAACCGAGGACAGCACGUUUCAGGCUUUACUUCACCGAGCGGAGACCCUUGAUCCGGCUACUUAUGCUAGACCAUGGGUCCCGAGUAGCCAUGGCGAUUCGCCUUGUGCAUUUCUCUCUUUUAGCUCUGGAACUACAGGCAAGCCAAAAGUUGUCAUCAUCUCUCAUGAGAACCUAAUCAGUCAGGUGCGCCAAAUGCGCCAGAUCACGCCGGCCAAUCGACGAAGUACCCUGCUGGGCAUUCUGCCGUUCUUUCACAUUACUGGCCUAGUCCACUUGCUUCAUUUGCCAAUCGCUUUACGGCAAGACAUGGUAAUAAUGCCCAAGUUCAACAUGACGCGGAUGAUGCAGACCAUUGUCGAAUUCCAGUGCGACGAACUGUGGCUUGUACCCCCUUUGUUGAUCCGACUCUUGAACGAUCCAUCAGCGCAAGGAUAUGACUUGUCGUUUGUAAAACAGUUCAAUACAGGCGCCGCCCCCCUUGCCGAACAAGUAAUCGUGCAGCUCGAGAAACGAUUCCCCAAGGUGUCUAUCCGCCAGGCUUGGGGCAUGACUGAAACCACCUCUUGUUUGACAGUGACACCUUCUGAUGUCGCCACCUGGAGUAACGCAACAAAGGUUGGAAAGCUUGUUCCUGGAACCGAGAUUCGUGUCGUCGACCCAGAGACAGAAAGAGAUGUACCCAGAGGGCAGAUCGGAGAGAUCUGGGCCCGGGGCCCUCAAGUGACAAAGGGAUAUCUGGACCGCCCAGAGGAAACUGCGGCUUCUUAUGUCAAGGGAGGGUUCUUAAGGACUGGGGAUCUUGGGAACAUUGACGAAGAAGGAUUUAUAACAAUCCAUGACCGAAUCAAAGAGAUGAUCAAGGUUCGGGGCCAUGCCGUUGCCCCCGCAGAGCUCGAAGAUCUUCUCCACGGACACCCCAAGGUCAGGGAUGUGGCUAUCAUCGGAAUCCCAGAUGACUACUCUGGGGAGAUCCCUAGAGCUUUCAUCGUCCUGAGACCAGGAAUGGAUAAGGACUCAGAGAUCGAGCGAGAAUUACAGGACUUUGUAACUUCUCGAAAGGCAAAGCAUAAGAGACUUGCUGGAGGCGUGGAAUUUGUCUCUGAGAUCCCCAAGAGUGCGUCUGGAAAGAUCCUUCGACGAAUGCUCAAGAACUACUGGAAACAGCACCAGACAGUUCAGGAUGGUAGACAUGCCAAGUUGUGA